GCUUUAGUUAAUAUUAGACCGUCAGUGUUAGAUGUUAGUGGCUGAAAAGUUUGUGUGAUUGAGGUUAUGUUUUAUACUUCGUUCUUUGCGGCAAUAUAAAAUGCGAUGACUUCACUAAUACAAAAUUCUGCGUUCGACAGAAUUUUCAACGCACCAUUGUUCUGGCCGAUUGGGUCGGUAAAGCAGAGCACAGCAAGCCGAAGCCGAAAGCGUUUGCGUAUACGGUUCGGCACGAAGCAGAACCAACGCAUCGAUCGCAGUGAGUUGCUAGAGCAACUCGACGCUUGUUAUGAGGAGCUGACAGUAGCGAUAAUGGGAGAAAUGGAAGAACGGGAACGUAUGAAGCAGGAGCUUCGCGAGAAGGUCUGUCAACAGCUGGAUGAAGCUCGUGUGCUGUUGGAGCAAUACCAGGGUCCCGAAGGGAAGAAAAAAAUACUGAAUACACAGUAUAGCAAAUUUGCAGACAUGGUCAGUGAUCCCGAGAGAAGGCUGAAGUAUGACACGCUGCGGAAGCUGACCUCUUCCGUUGAAAUGCUGAUAAGUAUAACUAAAAAACCGGAGGAAAGUCCUACCCCGAAGGUGGGAAGCGGUGCAACGAGUGAAUCGCAACAACAAGCCGUUGCUAAUUCGAAACCGGAAGCUGAAGCUAACUCCAUAGUCACAGUCAAGGCUUCCGUUGCACCAAGCGCUUUAGAUACCCCGAAGGUACAUGAUUCUGCGCAAGCAAUACCUGCGCCAGAAACACUGAAAGUCGUUGAAAAUACUAGUGUAACGAUUGCAAAAGAAAGUCCUGUUGAAAAGGAAGUACCCGCAUUGAAGGUGGCUGUUAAACCUUCGGCGCCAGAACUACCUAAAAAUGAUACGCCCUGCGAGCUGCAGAAGGUACCAGCAAGAGAGGUGCUGUCCGAGGCUGUUAAAAUGAAACAGCAACCCCAAAUUCCUUGGAGAACUCCCACUCGAUGGGAAUCGUUGACGAAAAAGGUGAAAACGCAAGAGAAAAAGAGAAAGUCUGUAGAAGAUUUCGCGAAACCAAUCGAUCACCCUAAGGAACCGGAGCGCUUGGCCCGCAAAUAUAAAACCAAGGUAAAGAAACGCCCAGCAGAGGAGCCACUUGUUGGUGAUUUGCCAUUCAAAAAACCAUUCCCAAUGCACCAUGAACAGCCGAAACCUUUGUUCCAAAGGCGCCAUCAGCUACCUCCGCAAGGUCCACCAAACUUCAAUAGUAGAGAUCCCAGAACGUACGGCGAAUAUUGCCAGCGCCGUAUGCAGUUUUCGAAUCAGCAGAGAUUUGAAAUUCAAAAUCAACAGUACUUUAAACCACGACCACCGGCGCCAUUACCAGUUCAAAGGCCGUCAGCAGAAGCACGUCCGUUUGUGGUCCCGACUCCCGUGGCUCCAACGAGACCGUCAUUCCGACCACCAGCUCCUCCAAGGGCAUCCGUACCUCCAACCGUUACCAGACAGCCCGCACCGGCACCGGUUGCUCCAAAACAGGAUGCUAAGAAAACGAUCAAUCCCGUGUACUCUAAGGACGAACCGAUUCGUCUCGGAAAGAAAGAAGCACAGAAAAAGCCAACUUUGGGGAAACCGGCUACGGUGAUACCAGAAAAACCGAAAGAAGAUCCCAAGAAAGACGAUCAGGUUGAAAAGGUUGACAACGUUGCGCCGCAAGUUACACAAGUGGAUGAACCAAAGGCGAAGACUAACUCGGAUGAGAAGGAGCUGUCAAAGAACUUGAUGGAAUUACUGAAGGGUUUUGGUGAUGAAGAUAAGGUUAAACAAAUUCUCGAUGUGAUGAACAGGAAGUCCGACGAUGAGGCGGAAGAAAGUAAGAAGAAGAAUGUCGAAGUCGAAGUGGACGAGACGAAGAAGGCUGAAGAUGAUACUAAGGAAAGCCCACCCAAGGAAAUAGCAGCUACCAAAGGAAAGAAGGGAAGAACGUACAAACGAAUCCGUUCGAAAGCGGUCAUCGAUUCUUCUUCGGAGGAUGACACGGGUAAAAAGGAUGAGAACAAGAAGGAUAAGGCAAAGAAGCGUGGAACAGUAGGAAACAGGGAACUUAAGGCGCUGAUCGACAAUGCCACCGAUUUUAAAUCCAAGGGCUACACCCGCAGAACAGGAGCUAUUAUUCAGCCUGCGAUGAUUAUUUCGGAUAGUCCACCGCCGAAGCAGACAAAGAACAGAAAUUCAAAUGACAGAUCACGUUCUGGAUCGUCUGAUGAAGAUGUUGUUUCCGCGGAUGAUAAAAAGGCAGCGGAGGAGGGAGAUUCAUUGUUGACUGUUACGAAAUCUCCACCCGCAAAGGGGAAACAAAAGAGCAAGGAUGUUAAUUUCGUUUACAACGACAAGACAGCAGUGCACUACAAUAGCAGUUAUUCGAGCAAUUGUGGUCUUUGUUCGUUUAACGGUUCUGCCAUUGUGGAUCACUAUGUGUACGAACAUAAGCAAUAUGAAGUGUUCGUGAGCCGAGUUUCGCCGAAGAUGGCCGAUAUCAUUCGAGCAGAUUUGUUCCUCACAAAUGGUACCGUCACGAACGAGGGUGGUGAGGAUGAGAAGAUCCGGUUUAAAUGCUACUUCUGCCUGACAUGGAAGGAACUGAGCCGAUCUGGGUGGAUAGAACACGUGGCAGCUCAUACUGGGGAAUAUCGCUAUCGCUGCACAAGUUGUCCGGUGAUGUCAAAGACUGAGGAACUGGAGAGUUGUUUCUACCAUGAGAAGACCUGCCUGAAGCCUACGCUGGUAGUGUACAACAAUAUCGAGUUCCAAGAUAACCACAUCUAUGGUUUCAUCUGCAACGACUGUAAUUACAUUCAGAUUCGUCGAGUAAAUAUGGAGCGCCAUCUAAAGCGAGAGCACCCAUCUACGGAUGCUCAUUGCAGUCGGUUUAGCAUUGUUAACUACAAAAUCGAUGCUAAACCAAUCAUCGACGAAGAUCAGGUCAUGGAUGACUUGGGCGCGCCAAACAUGCCCACGGUCAUGAUACCGUUCCAUCCGAAGGCUGAACCAUUUGAACCGUGUGAAAUUGUCAAUCAGCCGUAUACGGAUGAUGACGAAAUGACGGAAGCUGAAAGCUUUCCGCCAUCUGUCCCGCCACGACGAACUGAUAUUCGCCUGGAUUCGAUACAUAUAGGAUCCGCAGGUGUAUCUUGCGAUUUUAUUCAUCAGCCAUUUUCGUUCAAAUUUGAAAAAGAACUGCAAGGCAAUCACAUCUCGUCAAGUGGUGAAUCGCCAAUGUCACCUGAAUCGAUGUCCGCCGUUGGUGAAUCAUCGGCAUCUUCGGAAGCGGAAGCAAUCAUACCGACUUGGCAGAUUCAAUCGGUGCAAGGCGGUUUUGAUUUAAACAAGGUGUUGGUCAAGCGGGAAAAGGUUCCGACUGAGUACGAUUCGGAUGCGAGUGACAAGACAGAAGACUUCAAUAUGUCCGAUGGUGCGGAAGACGGACAAAAGAAUGGCGAGAGCUCGAGCAAUGGAGGAAAUAAAGCCGGCGAUGGUGAAAGUAAACAAGGGGAAGGUAAUUCAGAACCCCCAGCGUCCUCUGGUGGAAGUGGUGGUGGAUCAUCUUCGCUUGCCAAUCGAGCAGGUGGAGCGGCUGGUUCCGGUGGGGGUGACGACGGCGACGACCGCAAGAAGGAAGAGUUUCCGCUUCCGUUCAAGAUCAAGGUCGAAAAGGAUGAGAAGGAAAAGAAAAAGGAAGAUGAAUUAACUAAUUCGGAAAAUAUCGUAAUAAAAACUGAAAAACCGGACGAAGUGUCGGCGGAUCCGCCACCGGCUGAAGGACAUUUCGAUUUUGUUGAACUUGUACUGGACAGCACUCGUAUCGAGCACGUCGCUUACAUAGAACAUCAAUCGGAAAUCUUAUUCCUUUGUCUUAUGCCGGGAUGUCAGUACAUUUCCAAGAAAUCGCAAGACUUCAUCACUCACAUUUCUCGGAAGCACAACCAGGUCGUAUGGGAUGGUUACUGUCACCCAUGUCAGUCGCAAAUAGUAAUUGCGGACAAUUGCACGAUCAACAACGAAUUGCAACAUAUGCUGGAUGUGCACGCUAGAAGGAAAACUCCAACUCCCGAAUUAUCGAACAUGUCAACGGGCACUCCGAAUUUGCUUCGUAUCAGAAGGAUACCUGGCGACACUCUAUCCAAGGGAGAUUUGAAUCCACCUCCCUUGGCACCGAUUAUGCCAGCUGGUGCCAUCAUAGCAGGGCCAUCUGGAAUGCCCCUUGGCCAGAAACCGAUUAUCAUUACAUCUGCGGCCACCAUUGCUCCGGUAACAAUGGCUGGCAACACAAUCAUCACGCCAACUCAUACGAUACCUGCUCAGAUUAGACCAGUCAUACAGCAGACAGCAGCCGCAACAUGUCAUCUACCAGCAUUGGCACCUGUAUCAAGCAACGCUAGCGGUAGUUCUGGUGUCAACGCUAGUGUCCCUGCGAUGGCCAAUCUGAAACUCAACACCGUCCGGUUGAAGCCCUGGACGAACAUGGUCACUACCAAAAAUCAGGAACAUUGCCGCAGUAUGCUCGAGGAAAUUAGUCUGCUCUGUCUGUACAAGUGUAUGUCCCGCUCAUGUGCUUUCACCACCAACAACCGUUUCUUCAUGGAGCAGCACCUACAGUUGCACGAAAACCUUCACAAUGCCAAUACUAGCGGACGGAAAUGUUGGCUCGAAUGCGCUUAUUGUGAUAUCAUAGCAGCAAACAACAAUGUGCUUCUGGCACACAUCGAUGCCGAGCACGCCACCUGCGGGUUUCAGUGUAAUUUGUGCUUCUACCGGAGUCGAGAUCCUACGAACGUGGUUGUUCAUCAGAAAACCUACCAUCCGACGGGAAGUGUGUUGAAGAAGAUCCUCAUUAUGCCCGACCAUCUGAAGAGCUUCGGAGACGAUGAAUGGAAAUCGAUGCAGGAGUCGUUGCGGAAGAACGUCCUACCGUUGCUUUGUACUAUAUGCAGAGAGUCGUUCUACAUCCUGUCGGCGUACAUGAACCAUCUGUCUAGCCAUGGGGUGGCUAUGGUCAGCUGCCAGGUGUGCAAUAUGAGCAUCGACAAAAAGUGCAUGGCUCGGCAUCUGCUGCUACAUUCGAUAGGAUUGUACGAAUGCGUCUAUUGUUUGUUCGGUGCGAACACCAAAUCGACCAUGGCGCUUCACGUGAGCAAUGCGCAUUGCUCAAAACCACUGUACUGCUGUGUCCGUUAUAAUAAGAAGAGACCAGACGGCGUGGACUAUCCGCCUAAUAAGAUCGAAUCGAUGGAGUUGAAAACGAUGAGUUGCACGGUAUCUCCGGAUCUGUUCAAAAGGUGCAACUAUACUCCUGAACAGUUGAACUACAAACCGAUCGGCUUACAAGUCAAUCAAUCCAUGGCAUACCCGAAAAAAGAACCGGUGGUAAACAAGAUCAUGUCGAAUGCAGUCGCAACUCCUGCUACUGCAGGACCAAGUUCAUCAACAGAGGCUUCGAAUAUUCAGAUUCAAAUUACUGAUGAAGCGGGUCGUCCAUUGAUCAUAUCCAUUCCGGUACAGAAUGCUAGACCACCUGCCCCUUCAGGACCUGGUCAACCUACGACCAUAACAACGGGACCGAGUGCCACUGGUCCACCUCCGAUACAAAUGCCGAUGAUAAGCUCUGUACAGGGUGGUGUUCAAAGUUUUGCUUCUCACAAGCAAUCACCGCUUCCGGUGAUUAGCAGCGUUCAAGGCAUGGUAUCGUUGCCUCCACUGACGGCUAUUCAUCGAAACGAUGGACUUCCUGUGAUAAGCUGCGUUCAGAGUGUAGCUCAGCUUCCACCGGAGUCGCCGUCGAUAGUUCCAUCAGCCAACAGUGUUGUGCCAAAACCUCCUGCACUGACAGCCAUAACUCCCAGUGGUCUGAUAACUAUACCCAACAUUCCCGGUAUUACAAUCACUGCCAAGCCUAUAACAACUUCCGCGAUGAGUUCGACUCCGAUUAUCACAAAUGUACAAUCGCUUCCAAUGAUUCAAGGGCCUCUUCCAAUGGCACCAACGAAAGCAAAGCCACCGCAAGAACCGGUCAGUAGCAGUACCGUUGUGACGAGCUCUGCCGAAUCCAAAGGCGAUAUGUACAAAACUACGGUAGCUGAAGCGGAUACGCAAUCCAGUAACAGUAAUGGUGUUAGUUUGGAAUCCGACGAAGAUUCUCGGGCAGAUUCGAGUAAAUCUGGUACGCCUGUUCCGUCACCAUCUCCUCAGCCGGGUUGUUCCAAGGAGUCGCCACUGGUGAAGAAGUUUUCCAGCACGACUCAGAUACGGAUCGAUUUCCUGUUCAAGGGAAGUAUUGACAAGUUUGAUCGGUUGGAGAAAAAAGUGAGCCAGAUGAUAGAGCACACGGGAUUUUGCGGAAUGGCUUUGAAUGUCUGUGGGGUCGAGGGAUGUAACAGCAAGUUUACUGAUCCGGUGAAACUGAAUCUGCAUUUGCUCAAGUUUCAUAACUUAUCGAAUUACAACUGCUUCCACUGUUCGGAUCGAUUCAAAACGGCGCAUGAAUUGAUAACCCAUGUGAAGACUCACGGGCGACAUCGUUAUUUGUGUUUUAUGUGCGAUCGCAAGAGCCAUUUUCUGAAGAUGAUGAUUUUGCACGUGCAGCACGAUCAUAACAGUACCGAUGUGAUCUUGACUUACCUGCACCCGAAAAAGCGGGACAUCCAUAAUGAUCUGGUGAUUAUUUGUCCGCAGAAUGUGACUGCUGGGCAGUUGCAGGAUUAUGCGAAUAAUAUCCUAAAGGAGGAAGGUAUAAGCGAGAAAAAGCGGUUCGCUCCGAGCGAAAUUGAUCAGCUUCCGGUGGAGGAGAUCUUCGCAGAGGAUCUUUUCUGUGCCAGCUGUGACUAUACGACGAAGAUUAGGAAGAAUCUCAAGCGCCAUUUGGAGAAACAUAACGAUGCAUCUGCUGUGAGCAUAGCAAACCUACCAGAACUGGAAUGUAUGCCGCCUGAUGAACCUGACAUUAUGUUUGCAUCUGAUGAAGUGGCCUCUAGCGCAACUAUUCCUCAGAGAGUUGAUCCGAUCAAGCUGUACCAGUGUGGAAUAUGCAAAUUUGAUUGUCCUCCGGUGUUUGCCGAUCUGCGAACUCAUGUUUACCGGACACAUCGUAAUGAGAAGACAUACAACUGUCCGCACUGUAAUGCUGUUCUCAGUGAUGGUUUUAUUUGCAUUGACAAGAUUGCAAACCAUUUGAAACUGCAUGGAAAUAACCUGUACAAAUGCAACCAUCAAGAAUGUGACUAUCUUCGCGAGGAGAAGUUCCUUAUCUUGGCCCACAUCAAGCAGUGUCAUGGGAAUUUGGGGUCGGUUCUGGUGCUACGGGAAGCGCACUACACUGCAGAUCCGGAAUGGCAGUGCGAUCUUUGCGAAAUGAUUCGUCCAUCCAGAGCGGAGAUGGUGGAGCACAUGACAAAAGAUCACAAGCUAACGGACAAUCAGUACAAAUGUUCGUAUUGCGCGUAUAAAUCGUCCGAUAAUGAAUCUUUCAAGUUACACUUUACGAAAAAUCACCCAAACAGCGAAAUACUUAUAAUUUCUUUGUUCCAUGAAUUACCGCCUAAGAAAAUUCCAGUGGAUCAAUCGGAAUCGGCAUGUCAGCAAGUUGGAUCAGGUGAUGACAAGGGAAGAAAAUUUAGCUGUGGAAUUGAGUCGUGUUCUUUCGUGUCGGUCAAUGCCGGGGAUACUAAGAGCCAUUUUCUCGAACAACAUCCAGAUCAAACGUUGGUUGUUUUCGAUGACUCAGCUAUCGAAAAGGAAAAACGAAAGCGUUUCGACUAUUUUGUAAAGUAUGUCUGUUACUAUUGUCAGGUGCAGUGUGACUUGAUGGACGACAUGGUAGAGCAUUGGAGCAAGCUGCACAAGGAGGACGGUGGUGGCAAGCCCCUGAUGUAUAAAUUGUACAAACUCGUUCGUUGCUUCUAUUGUGACAAACUGUCGACGUAUUAUGAUAUCAAAAUGCACGCCAUGGUCAAUCACCCCGGCCAGAUCUUUGCGUGUGUGGAUCAUCAGAACGCAUUCAAGUGUGGCGAGUGUCCCUAUGUUGUCACAGGAGAAAAAAUCGAUUUGCUGAAACAUUUCAAGGUGUAUCACAGCGCUAGCAAAAAUGAAGACCCUUGCGACUACAUGGAUGACGAAUUCCUUCAUAGAAUGCUCGAGCAGAACAACAGCCUUUACACGUGCAACCACUGUAAGUUGACCUUUGACAGUCGUUAUGAGUACGAAAAUCAUAUUGACGUAUGCAUUUAUGCCGGAGAACCCAGCAGUUUCUCCCUGACCCCGAAAUCCGUUCGAAUCCGUCACAUUUGUAGCUGUUGUACUGAUGUGUUCAGUAAUGAAUACAGCAUCGCUAAACACAUGAGAAAUCAUCUCGCUCAGUACAACUGUCGCUACUGUAAACGGGAAUUCAAGCAGCUUAAACUUCUGAAUCAACACCAGAUCCUUUUGCACAACGCUCACGACAAGGAUUUUCUGCUGAAAGAUCUCAGCCAAUUCAGAAGCCAGUUCCUUAAAAUCAAGAUGCUAUUCCCAAAUGGUCUGGUGCUGAGCAAGGUGGACGCAUAUCGAACAGUAUGCGGUUCUGUCGAGGACAUCAUCAACUAUGCCCGUGUUGUCAACGACGAAGAAAUGUCCGAACUCAUGUUCAGCCGAUCCAUCGAGAUGCCACUUAUCUACGAGAAUGAAUCCGGAUAUACCGUCCAUACAAUCUGCAAGGAUUUCCUAGAGACUCAUCCGAGCAUGGUCUUGGAGUUGGAUCAACUGUCAGAGGAACAAAUGGAGGAAAUAUGCGAACAAGUUUACCUGCUGGCCAAAGCGACAGCUGGCAGCAGUAACAGUUCAACCUCUUCUCGUGCCCAAAGGAAACGUGGCCGACCUAGAAGAAAGAUCACAGCUACUCCAAGCAAUACCGACGACGAUGAUGAUGAUGAUGAUUGGAGACCGGAUCGGAAGCGGCCCUGUUCGAAAACCAGUGUGACGAAACUGCCUGCCAUAAAAAAAGAGAAGAUAAUCGAUUCAGAUUUUUCAGCUUCGGACGAUGAGUUGUUGAUAAACUUAAAGAAAGAAUGUGUCGAGUAAGUUGUGAUGCAUUUUAUUUAUUCUACGAAUCAAUCAGUAU